AUGAGCUUCGAGGCUUUACGUUUCGAAGGCAAGACUAGAGCUUGGAGUGCAGGUGGAGUUGGCUUCUAUCUCUGUUCAGUCUUGCGUCGUGUCUUCAGGGAGUUGUAUCCAUCAGCCAAUGGUGGAUUCCGUUGGUCGUCUAUGGCCACCGGAGCUUACUUCAAGGCUUGGUCUAUUGGUGCUUCUUUGUAUAAUCUAUACCGUAUUGACACCGGUUAUGGGUUAAAACAGCGUAGUCUUGGCUCCCGGUUCUCGGUGGUCACAAGUGGUGGAGGUGGUUCUCGGGGAGUCAUUGACCACCUCCGUGUUUUAGAGACUUUCAGGUUAGGUGGUGGCGGCGAUAACAACCCGCUCUUGCUCGUAUGUGGCGACUUGGAAGUGUGUAUAGCUCGGGCUCUCAAGCGCCUUCUCGGUAUGGUUCUUGACUCCCUCAUUUCUUUAGUCCGUCAAGCGCGUCAUCGGCAGUAA